AUGCUGGGAGACGGUGCGACGGCGCUGCAGGAUCCAACAGACCCGGUUCUUCCGACCAAUCAGACGCCUGCUGGACUCUUCAUGGCUGAGCUGGACCCGAGCUGGUCCAGACUGGACCGGGUCAGCCGGCGUCAGGAACCAGAACUAUUCCUGCUCCUGCUCCACCUGGUGCCGCUCUUCCCCCUGCUCCUGCUCCCGGUCCGGGUCGCCCCCCCCCUUGCAGAGAAGGCCCUGUCAGACGGGUUCUGGCGGGUCCGGUACUCGGACACGUCUCUGCUGAUCUGGCAGCAGCAGCAGCAGCAGCUGGAGGCGGCUCCUCCUUCCAACUACCUGAGCCGCAGCCAGUCCUCCUGGUACAGUCGCUAUGGUAACCAGGCCGUGCUGGUCCGGGACAAGAGGGGCACGGACGACCCAGAGGGCCGGUCCAGGAUCUGCUCCGUCAUGUAG